GUAAACUAUGUUAAAACUGUGGACACUAUGGCCGAUUUCCUAAAAACGUUUGAAGAUCCAAGUAAACUUAAGGGAGCUGACAUGUCAAUGUCAUUACAGAUGUCACAUUCAAGUAGCGAUGACAACGGUUUUCCAAGGAAAAACUUUACUGACACUCAUAAACCAAUAGAAUCUUCUAAUAGUCUACAUAUUUUUGAAACAAGAUUAAACAACCUGACAGCACAGUUACAGUUUGUAAAUGAGAGGUUUAAUCAUUUAAAAGAUAAACGUUUAAACAUGAAUGAAGAAAAUACGGAAAAGGAACAAAACACCAAUUCGCUAAUCUGGACAAAGAAAAUGUGUAAAAGAACACAUAACUUCAACUUAACAAGUAGACAGCUUGUUCAGCUCAACCAAUCAAAGUUAACAUUAUGUGACACGAAAACGGACGGCGGCGCCUGGAUUUUAAUACAGCGUCGUGUUAUGGGCGAUGUAAACUUCACCAGAGGAUGGGACGACUACAAACAUGGGUUUGGAUCAACGGCAGGAGAUUUUUGGCUUGGAAAUGACUGGAUUUCCUGGCUUACACAUGUGGGUUACACUGAAUUAAGAAUUGAUCUGACUAUAGAAAGUAAAAAUUAUUAUGCAGUGUACAACAAUUUCAAAGUUGACGACGAAUCCUCAAAGUAUUUUAUGACGUUUUCCAAAUAUCAAGGUAACACAAAAGAUCAACUAAGUCCCCACAACAGUAUGAAGUUCUCCACAAUAGACAACGAUAACGAUGCCGACGGUCGUAACUGCGCUCAGAUUUUUAUGGGUGGAUGGUGGUAUACCAAUUGUUAUCAAACAAAUCUUAACGGAGUUUGGAAUGUAAACGACAAUACAGGGAUUUUUUUGGGGCGGCUAUGUCAAAUCAGUUGAAAUGAAACUACGCACAUUAUAAUAUCAAGAGUUAUUCAGAGAAAAAUAAAUACAUUCUCCACAAUAGCUUCUAAAAUUCUUGCUAUAUAACAGCAUUCGAAAUAGGUAUGACUCGUGGGAUUUUGUUAAAGUACAAAAGGAUUAACGUGAUUUGUCUGUAAAAAAUUAAUAAGUGACAUUUUAUUCACUUUGCAUGUAGAUAAUUCAACAUUUAAACUAUUGAUUGUUUAUUUUACGUGUAUAAGUAUAACGGUUGAUUGAAGUUUAGCCACACAAAAAACGUUAAAAAGCAUGCGAAGUAUGCUUUCUUGACAUUUUAUCACAUUUUUACUUUAUUAUUUAAAACUAUUGAUCUAUAGGCUACAUUUAAUAAUUCUUAGUUUCUUUAAAAUGAUAUAUAUAUUUUUCUUAUUUAUGUAAACCUUUUAUUAUAAAUAAAGUAUUAAAAAUACA